AUGUCGACCGACGUCAAUGCACCCUUUCCUGAUGUGAUGAAUCACAUCGAAGCCAAGGUCGAUGAAGCAUCCUCUACGCUCAGAGACCUUAGCUUGGAUAUACACGCGCAUCCCGAGCUCAUGUUUGAGGAGAGGCAAGUUUCCUACAAUCCAGUCUGUCAUUACGCGUUUGUUCACAAGACUUCUAGGCAUGCACACGACGUGCUCGUUGAGUUCAUGUUGGCGCGCGGAUUUGAAGUAACCAAUCCGUAUGAAGAACUGCCCACUGCCUGGAGAGCCACCUAUACUCGUGGGUCUGGCGGACGGACUAUUGGGAUUUGUGCAGAAAUGGAUGCUUUGCCUGGCAUGGGGCAUGCAUGCGGGCACAACCUGAUCGCCAUGUCUGGUUGCGGCAUCGCAUUGGCUAUCAAAGAGGCUUUGAUAUCAGAAGAUGUGAAUGGGACCGUGGUAUUGCUCGGCACCCCAGCCGAGGAAGGAGGCGCAGGCAAAGUCACGCUUCUGAAAAAAGGAGCAUUCAAAGGAAUGGACGCUUGUUUGAUGUGUCACCCAGGCCCUAAGCAUGACAUAGGCACGUCCCUAGCAUGCUCCAUCUGCUACUCCCUUGUCGCGCUCUACAAGGGCCAUCUAACUCGAAUUCCGCAGGCGGCAUUCAAUCCGUGGGAUGGAAGAAAUGCUCUCGAUGCCGCUGUUCAGGCGUAUUCCAGUAUCGGGGCACUGAGACAGCACAUCAAGCCCGAUCAGCGUGUUCAUGGGGUGAUAAAGGGCACAGAAAAUCAUGUCCCGCAAACUAUACCUGACUACUCCAAGAUGACAUGGCUCAUCCGUGCGCCUUCGCAAAGCGAGCUGGAGCUACUUCAAACACGAGUGCUAGAAGCUCUGGAAGCGGCAUCUGCCUCCACCGGUUGCACGCACAAGAUCAACGUCGAGUGGUCGUACGCCGACCUUCACCAGAACAAAUGGCUAGGUUGA